AAUAAGUGGGCCUCACCCAAUCACUCAUCAACGCCAUCUCAACUCUUAGCCACCAAAAUCCCACAUCCCUAAAAAUAACACAACACAGAGACUCUUAAUCUGUGACCACUUCCUCUAUCCCACAACUCAUACACUUCUCACCAGUCAGUCACCAUGGCUACUACAUCAACCACCACCUCCACCUUUUUUUACUCCCCUUCUUCCAUCAAAUCCUCUUCUCCUUCUAGUACUCCCAGCCUUCUCCCUUUCCUAACCACUCGAACGCGCCGAUUCCCUAGAAUCAAGGCCACAGACUUUCUUGGUGACUUUGGAGCUAGAGACCCAUUCCCAGCAGAGUUAGAAAGCAAUUUUGGUGAUAAAGUGUUAGGAUUCAUGAGCACAGAACACAAAAUUCUUAUUCCUCAAACUUCAGCACUUGCUCUUUCACAACAGCCUUGUCUACCUAUUUCUCCUACUGAUCUUCCAUUGUCUAAGGAUGAUGCUAAGCAACUCCUCUUCAAGGUGGUCGGAUGGCGAUUACUCGAACACGAGACCGAAGAUGGGAAUGUGGUGUUGAAGCUGAAAUGUUUAUGGAAGUUGAAGGACUUUGAUGCUGGUGUUGAGUUGAUAAGUAGGAUUACUAAGGUUACUGAAAGUACAGGGCAUUCCCCUGUAUUCAGUCUGGAAAAUAAUCAGGUAGUAGCUGUGUUAUGGACUGAGACAAUUGGUGGGUUGAGUAUUAAUGAUUUUAUUGUUGCUGCUAAGAUUGAUGAGGUUAAGGUUUCUGAUCUUCUUCCUAAAAAGAGAGCUUGGGCUUAGGAUUUUUUUUUUUUGGUUAAUGUUGCAAAAAGUUGUAGUAAUUGGUUUGAAUUAUCUAUAGUUGAAUUUCAUUAUCCCAUAUUUGCAACAAUACUGCAUGAUGGUUUUAUCUUAAGCUUGUUCAUUUUAUGUGACUGUUCUUAUACAUUACAAUCAGGAAAGUCCUUCAUAUAUACUUCCUCGAUUUUUUAA